GAUAAGGAAGAACCUUGAGUUUAGCUCGCUAGCUGGGAACAAGCAGAGGUGUUUGUUUCGUCCAAGCCGAGAGCAACCCUGGCCGAAACUUGUUGUGCGUAAAAUGUGUAAAGUGGAUAUGAUAAGAGCGCUGCUGAAUGCGCGACUAAGCGCAGCCGUGGAAGAAAUCUGCGUUGUGUUUGAAAGAACCAUAGCAGAGUACGAGGAGGAACUUGGUCGAACUAAAGAGGAGAAUGAGAGACAACGACAACUCCUGGACGCGGUGGACGCGGUUUUUAGACGAGACGAAUCACGAACAGCAGACAUCAGCUUAAAAGAAGAGCAAGGGGAGACACCUCACAUCAAAGACGAAGAGCAGGAGGCUGACAUCACAGAGUUGCCAUUGACUUUUGUCACUCUGGAAAGGAAACAGAAAGGUCAAUGUGAGAAGAAAAGGCUGGAGCCUGCCUGCAGCUGCUCCAGCCCAAAUGCAAGAAUGCAAGGAGACCAAUACAAAGCAUCGCGAGAGGAAAGCUUCUCUAUUCAAGUGAUGAACAGCGACAGUGUAACCUCGCAUUCUCCUGACACCGAUCACGACGACAGCUUCAAAGCUGACAUGACGUCACGCACUGGGGACAAACUAUGGAAGUGUGAAAAGAUUUUCACCAACAAGUCUUCGUUAAAGACACACAAAAGCAUGCAUACCGACAUCAGUGUAAAAGAAGAGGAAGAGGAUACACCUCACAUCAAAGACGAAGAGCAGGAGGCUGACCUCACAGAGUUGCCAUUGACUUUGGUCACUCUGGAAAGGAAACAGAAAGGUCAAUGUGAGAAGACAGGGCUGGAGCCUCCCUGCAGCAGUUCCAGGUCAAAUGCAAAAAUGGAAGGAGACCAAUACGAAGCAUUGCAAGAGGAAAUCUUCUCCAUUCAAGUGAUGAACUGCGACGGCGUAACCUCGCACUCUCCCGACACCGAUCACGACGACCGCUUCAAAGCUGACAUGACGUCAUGCGCUGGGGACAAACAAUGGAAGUGUUCCCAGUGUGACAAGAUUUUCACCAACAAGUCUUCGUUAAAAAGACACGUAAGCACGCAUACUGGGGAGAAACCUUUUGCCUGUUCAGUUUGCAGGAGAUGCUUCACCCAGAAGGGCCAUCUAAGAACACACAUGCGAGUCCACACCGGGGAGAAGCCUUAUUCUUGCACUUUUUGUGGGAAAAGUUUCUCGGUCAGGCUCAAUUUGAUAAGACACAGUAGAACGCACACUGGGGAGAAAGCAUUUAGUUGCAGUGUAUGUGAUGAACAAUUCUCUUACAAAUAUCAAUUGAAUAAACAUGUGUGUACUGUGGAGUAGAACAAGAAUCGGUAACAGUGCACAUCUUAAAUUCUGUCAAAAGAUGACUGUCUAAACCAGAGGUGUCCAGACAGAGAUUAAAGGUUCCAUGAGCCAACUUGGAAUCCUUCUACUUUGUUAACACAGUGAUAUACAGUUUAUUGUCAUAUGGUACAGUACUCAUACUUAUGUGUGUGUGAUGGAGAUGUCCCCGAUCCGAUCUUAUGAUCGGAGAUCGGGCCCGAUUCUUUUCAGAGGAUCGAGUGACAUAUAGGACCAGGUUUUUAAAAUGUUUUAUUUUUAAUUGAAUUUUCAGUAUAGUGAUCGAACAGCCCUCCAGUCAAAUUGAAUUGAACAGCUAUCACCAUCAAUGGCAGUGAAACAUCACUCGAUGCUGGCCUUCUCGGUUGAAAUGGAUUUGAUGUGUACAACAAAGUAAUUUAUUUGUACAAGAAUAUUUCAUAUUUACACUCCUAAAAAAAUGGAACACUUACACAUUGUAGGUCUGAAUUAAUGAAAUAUUUUUAUUAAAUACUUUGUUCGUUUGUUGAAUGUGCUGACAACCAAAUCACACAAAAAUUAUCAAUGAAAAUCAAAUGUAUCAACCCCUGCAGGUCUGGAUUUGGAGUUAACAUCCGCCACCUCAUCGGGAGUAUGCCCAGGUGUAGCCGGGUUAUACAGGCACACGGAGGCCACACACACUACUCAGCCUCAUUUUGACUUGUUUAAACGAUAUUACAUCAAAGUUGGAUCAGCCUGUUGUGUUUUUCCACUUUUUGAGUAUAACUCCAAAGUCUGACCUCUAUGGGUUGCCUCAUUUUAUUUUCAUAGAUAGUUUUUGUGUGACUUUGUUGUCAGCGCAUUCAACUAUGGAGGGCAACUAAGGUGGGCUUUCCUAUUUCGGGUUGAAAUCACUGAGGUGGUUGGAAAGCUCUUUGGUGGCAGGUCCCUGGAGGUGGAUGAGAUCCGCCCGGAGUUCCUAAAGGCUGUGGAUGUUAUGGGGUUGUCCUGGCUGACAUGCCUCCACAACAGUGCAUUGACAUCGGGGACAGAGCCUCUGGAUUGGAAGACUGGGGUGGAUGUCCCCCUUUUAGUAUCUUUGGGUCUUGUUCACGAGUGAGGGCAGAAGGGAACAGGAGAUCGACAGGAGGAUCGGUGCAGUGUCUGCAGUAAUGAGGACUCUGCACCAAUCCGUUGUGGUGAAGAAGGAGCUGAGCCAAAAGGCAAAGCUCUUGAUUUACCAGUCGAUCUAUGUUCCUACCCCCACCGAUGGUCACGAUCUGUGGGUCGUGACCGAAAGAAGAAAAUCCCGCAUACAAGCGACCGAAAAGAGUUUCCUUCACAGGCUGUUUGGCCUCUCCCUUAGGGGAGAGUGAUAAGCUCGGUCAUCCGGGCGAGACUCGGGGUUGAGCCGCUACUCCUCAGCGUUGAGAAGAGCCAGCUGAGGUGGCUUGGACAUCAGAUGCCUCCUGGACGCCUCCCUGGAGAGAUGUUCCGGGCAUGUUCCACCGGCAGGAGUCCCCGGGGCCAACCUAGGACACGCUGUAGAGACUAUGUCACUCAGCUGGCCUGGAAACGCCUUGGAAUACUGGAGUUGGUUAAAGUAGCUGAGGAGAGGGAAGUCUGGGCUUCAAUGCGAAAGCUGCUACCCCCGCAACCUGACCCUGGAUUAAGCGGUAGAUAAUGGUUGGAUAUAUAACUGUUGCCGAAUGUUAGGGAACAUAGAAAAGCACUUAUGUUAAUGUGAUCUUAUGCCAAUGACUGCAUUGCAGUAAUAAACAUUUUGCUGCAACGUAGACAAUAGUCUUUUUUACUAUUUAAAUAAUAGCCCCCCCCCAAGUAAAAUAUUAUAUUUCAAUUAAUUAUUUCAAAAUACAAAAUUCGUGCAGACAACACUAAUACUAGUUGGAUGUCAAAGAGGGGCCACAAAAUACUGUACAAGUGCCGCAAUUGGUCCAUGGGAUGCACGUUUGAAACCCCUAUCCUAUAUAAUUACAAUUAUAUAUAAAAAAUUAAAAAAAAAACAAUAAAAGCGCAAAUGACAUCCUCCUGUUCAAGAUGUUUACUUUUUACAAUCCUAUGUAUAUUUUCGUAUUAUAACCAGAAAAAAAUCGUCAACAGUGGUGCACAUAUUGUCAUGGAAUCUUUGCUGUUUUUGGCGAUAAGCAUCAUGGGAGAUGUUGUCAUUAAAAAGGUUGAAAUGUGUAUAUUUGUUUCAAUAAACAAUUUACAAUAUACUGUACUUAUUAUUACUGACAAAAGAGGUUUGUAAAAAAAUAAAAUACUGUACAAUAAAGUACAAUCAUUGACAAUGAUUUCUAGAGCCGAUUACAAAGUGCAUUCUCGGAAAAGCAUUUUUAUUAAGAUUGGUGUCAAAAGCAGAUGCAAAUCCACCUGUCACGAGGAUACGAUUUAAAACACCAAAAUAAGCAACAAUCCAACCCACACACCUCCAAAAAUAUAUAGUGUGUC